AUGUCGGAUACGAUUCCUCUGCCUCCGCGAUUCAUGCCCGACCGCCCCACCUCUGCGCCCGAACCGAAGCUGACGAGAACCUCCCUCUCUCCUCUCUCCAAAUCGCCCAUGUCCACCGUCCGAUCAUCACCAUACCCAUCUCGCCACUCUGUCCCUCUCAAAUCUACCACUACGAAAAUCGACAAUGACCAUGAUCAUGAACUCUUACGCCGUUCCUCGCUGCCUACUCGGGAUCAGAUGGCCCAUCAGCUUGCUGCUGAAGCGCUCUUGACCAUGGCUCCCUCUGCCAGCAAUGCUUCACCCGGAAAGCGGGCGAGCGCCACGCCAGCAAGAGGCGGGGAUGUGGAGAUGGGCGAGCCGGAGCAGAGGGGGGUGAAGCGAAAGUCUGAUGUAGAUGAUGCGAGAGAGAGGGAGAAGGAACGGGAAAGGGAGAGGGAGCGCGAUCCGAGACAUCCUGCGAUGAGCCUCGGCUUGCACGGGAUGGAUAGGGACAGAAACAGGUCGAAGGAAUGGCCCAACUCGCCCCUUCCUCUCGCUGAACGCCCUCAUGCCCUUCCCGGCUCUAGGCUCGUCCAACCUCCGACCCACGGCAGCCCAGCGUACCCCCCAGGCCAACCUGGAGCGCCAAACAGGUACUCUGUCUAUGGCCCGACGACGAGGGAUCCGAUGGCUGGUAGCUCGCCGUACUCGUUCAAUGCGUCGAGGUAUUCGAAUUUGCAUGUCAGGAGGGAUAUGUCGCCUUCGAUUGGCGCUGGAGGGAAGGGAGUAUCGCCCCCUAGGAGAGCGUCGCCUGUUCCUGGGUCUGAUCCGAGGGAUAGGUUCUACGGCAAUACUUCUACUUCGGGCCCUAUCACCGCCACCGCCACCGCCACAUCUGCCGCUGGCGCCGUUCCCGGCGCGUAUGGCCACUACUCUAUGGGCCGACGCGAGCUCCAAGAACACCGCGAACAACUGAAAGAAGGCAAACGCUGGUUGGAAGCGAUGCUGGCCAAGACAGAAAAAAUGCUGAACAUGGUGGAAAACAAGAUUGGCUUGACUGUCGAUCUGCCGCCCGCCCCGCCCGCUCAUGGUCAUCCAGCGCAAGAGAGGCAUGUGUCGGGUUCGUCCGUGCCGCCGAAUGUGAGCCCCAAUGCUGCUCCAGGCCAGCCCAGGUCGCAAGAAGACUGGGAGUACGAAGAGCGGGAGCGUAGGCGGGAGAAGGAGAUUCUGCGUUUGGAGCAGGAGCGGGAGAUGGAUAUGGUCGACAGGGAGAAGAGGGAGAGAGAUAGGGCGGCGGCGGCGGCGAUUGCUGCUGGGGUGUUUGAUGAGCAUCGGGGCAGGUCUAGGGAGGCGGGAGAGCAUGAGCAGAAUCGGGAUCGGCUCUUGGCUAGUCGCAGAGUCUCUGCCAUCUCGCCUGGACCUGCGGGCCCCGGUAGGUCACCAAACCUUUCCAUGAGGAACGCUGGGAUUGCCAGGGAGAGGGAGAGCGAGGGACCGGCCGGUGAGAGGGAGAAGACGAAUGGCCCUUUGCCUGUCAAUGGCGUGCCGAAGAGGGAAGGCAGCAGUCAGUGGGAUGGAGAGCCGGUUUUGGCUGGGGUGCCUUUGCCCAGGAGGGAGAGGGAGCAGCAGCAGAACGGUGCCGGGAGGACGCUGGGCCGGGGUCUUUGGAGCUUUGACGUGAGGAGCUGA